AUGAAACCUAGUACGACAAGAAACAAAAAUGGAAUAUUCACUAGGUCGGCAAACGACCUCAAACGCGAUUUCAAGUGCGUGUCGUUUCAAAAAACCAAUAAAUGAUGAGUUUGUUUCAGAUUCUCAAAACUCACUGCAGUCUCUUCGUUGUCAGUGCAAAACAAUGAAAUGCUGGCUGCAGUCAGCGACAAAUUACUCGUUCACCGUGACAAAAAUGAAUCGUAUUCCGGUGAGGAAGAACAAUUAGUUUCCGUUUCAGUAGAAUUGGAGCUAGAAAUGACAAUUGUUUUUUAAAAUGUGUUUCCAGAGCUAAUACUUCCGUUGCAAGCUCCCGAUCUCGUCGCACACAUUCACCUUUCGCCGACCGGCACGCACGCCGUCGUUUCCUCGAAGCUCGGCCAUAAUUUCUACGUAUACGUUGAGACGAACUCGUGGCUUCAAAUCAAAAAAUUGCGAUGUGUAGUAACUGCAGUAGGAUGGAAUCCCGAGUUCGGAAAGAACGCUGACGCCGGACCGAUCCUUUUGGGAACCGUUCAGGGAUCCAUCAUUGAGCUGAACGUAUCGGGAUCCGUCAUAACAUGCAAGGAGCUAACUCAGCAGAUUUCGCAGUCCGCCGAUCAGCGUCUGACUUCAUCUCCUUCCCCGACAGCUGCCAUUUCAGACAUUCAGCUGUUCCUACUUGCCGAUGACGAUACCAGUCAGAAAACAAAAAAAUGGAUGAUGAUUAUUGCACAGAUGGCCCGACUGGUCGUCCUCACCACUGACAUCGAAAGUGCUCCACCUCCAAAACCUACCGGCUUCACGAGUUCUGCGUCUCUUCAAGCGGGUCUUAUGAAUCUUGGCGCCGAGCAACUUCCGCCCACCUUCUUCCAUCCCUUUUUCACUUCGCUGAGCACCGUUCAGCACACCAUCAAUUCUUCGAAAUUUUCGGAAAAGUUUAAGAAUCACGGAUUUCUAACUAUGCACCCAACCGCUUCGGAACCUAAAAGAUAUGCGUGGCUCUCUCCCGAUGGAAUAUCAAUUGGAAAAGUAGACAUAAAUGCGGAACGGAUUCAAGACGUUCUUAUUGAAGAAUUUAAUAUUGAGUAGGUUUGUUUCCUGAUCUUCUCGAACUGAUCUUGAUGAGUUUAGACAUCGAUUGAUCGAAGGAAGGCUGGAGCCACCAACCGGAAUCGCCCUCACCGAGUACCACAUCCUUCUCGCCUAUUCCUCCCGAGUGCUCGCACUUUCUCUUCUGCCUCCUCACGACGUAGUCUUUGAAGAUCCGUGGAUGCCGGAAUUGGGCAGUGCCGUGGGAUUUGUCAGAGACACCGUCACUUCCGAAGGACAGCCAGAAUCGCCCGUCGCCUGGCUCUACACUCCGACAGUGGCUAUGAAGUACGAGACGAACGAUGAAGCUCGUUACAUUUGGAAGACUUACCUGGAUCGGGGAGAGUACACCCGCGCCAUGCAAAUUGCACGAACGAGGAUGGCCAUUGAGCCGGAUGCUUUGGAAAUGGUACUGCGGAGACAAGCGGACAGAUACAUACAGGAGAAAAAGUGAACAUUCCAGAAUCUCGGUACUUCCAGAUCAAUUUUUUUCUUUCAGCUUCACUGCAGCUGCGGAAAUUCUCGCACAAUCAAGCGAACCAUUCGAGAGUGUCGUUCUCAAGUUCCUGACAAAUUCUAGCGAACGUAAAAUGGGUCUGAAGACGUUGUUGGACAAAAAGUUGGAGAGAUUGACACGCCACGAGGACAAAAUUCGGAGGGACGCACUGGUUAUGUGGCUGCUCAACGUGCAAUUAGACGAACUGGCGGAAAUGCGUCUCCAACGGAGCAGCUCGACUGAUCAAGCUCUCGCGGAGAAGUUGAGGGACACGACCGACCACGUGCAACGGUACUUUAUGCGAAAAAAUGUUAUCGAAUCGAUUCAAACGAACCGAGAAGCAGUGUACAAAAUGUGUGUGGCACACGCCGAUUUCGAUAUGCAAUUGUUCUUCGCCAACGCUGUCAAAGACCUGCGGACGGUCAUUGACAUUCUCAUGCUCCGCGAGCAGUACAUCGAAGUUCUUGACGUACUCAAAAACGAACGAAUCUGUGAACUCACUUACGAUAUCCUUCCGCUGCUCAUCGAACAUAUUCCGAAGCAAAUCUUCGGAUAUCUCGUCCGCAAUCUGGACCAGAUUCUCCCACUCAAACUGGCACCCUCCCUUUCCCUUUGCGUAAAGAGCGUCGAAAUGGCGAUCCCGGCAAUAAAAUAUCUCGAGGCUCUCUUCAAAAGUGGCUCUAACGACAGAAGCUUGCACGACAUUUACAUCCAUCUGAAGGCCAAGUUUCGUCCGCAAAAGCUCAUUGAGUACUUUGAAGAGCACGGAACCGAAAGGGCGCACAUUCCGUACAAUGUGGAUUUCGCGAUGCGGACGUGCGAACAGUUCAAGAAUAACGAGUGCGUCGUGUUUCUGUACUGCGUGGCAGGAAUGUUCGGAGACGCCGUCGACAGGGCACUUCUGUUCGACGUGGAACAAGCGAAACAGUGCGCUCUAAUGAUGGACGAGCCGGACUUUGGAUGGUACGGCACGCCGACCGAUUACAUUCGGCCCAAAAUUGACCACGCUGCAAAGAAAGCGAUUUGGCUGAAAAUUGGUGAGAAAUAUUGUGAACUUCAUUUUGAAUUCCUGUGUUUUUACAGCACAGCACUACGUCUCGAAUGGAGAAGAGAUUGAUAAAUGCGUGAACGUUAUCAAAGAAUCAAAUCACCUGAUCUCCAUUCAGGACCUGAUCCAAAUCCUUCCGAAAUUCACAAAAAUAGGACAGCUCAAACAAGUUAUCAUGGACUUUUUGAAGAGGAAGAAGGAAAGGCUGGAGACACUCGAAAGAUCGAUGAAGGAAGCGACGGACAUUGCGUCGGAGAUUCGAGACAAGCAGGAGAGACUGAAGAACCGGACGACGGUGGUGAAGCCGACGGAUGUAUGUGCUCAGUGCUCCCGCCCGUUGGCUGGCCGUCCGUUCAAUGUGCACUCCUGUCGCCACUUCUUCCAUCGAGAAUGCCUCGAAAUUGCAAUGCAACCGUUCCUUCCGCCCGAGAAAGUGACCAUGAUGCGCAGAUUGAUUGCCGAUGAGGAGAGGAUUCUGAGCCAGUUGAGAGCCGAGCAACUGACCGGGAACAGAACUGCAGUGAGGGAAAAGGAGGAAAGGUACCGGAGAGUGGCCGGACUGAUCUCGCACAUCGUUGGCUCCGAGUGCCCACUCUGCGGAAACCUUGCUAUUUCGUAAGCUUCUAAGUGUGUGCCCUUUUUUCGUUUUACCAACUCUCUUCAGGCAAGUAUCCGAACCGUUCAUGACUGAGGAGCAGUUUGCGGCCGACCUCAACUCGUGGUUGCUCUGA